UGGAAAUGCCUUUUAUAUCGGUGUACACAUCAUCUGAAGAACAUUCGGGAUUACACAACUCCCCAGAAGGGUCUCUAUCUCUGUAUGGGAAGGAAGCAAUUGGAAGGAAAGCAGAUUUUAAUCAUGGGUUUUCUGACACAUUUAUUCGUGUUUUCCACCCUUGUUCUGACGGUGUCGGGGAUGAAAUACAAAUGUCACAGAGAUAUCUGUGAUUCCAGCUACCAGUUCUGUAACGAUGGGGAGGAGCGGUGUAAUACUUGUACCCCCGAGCAGUGUCAAGAUGACGUGGCCAAACACAUAUUCUACCAGUGUGAAGUCAGGUGUCAGGAACUUGCAACAACGACGGCGAGAUCUACGGAGCCAACUACUACGUCUGCUGCCAUCGUGACCGCUCAGGACAAACCAGAAGAACCACACUUCCUGACUUGGCUGACUCCUGUCAUCCUUACAGCUGGGAUAGUGGUCAUAGUGCUGAUCUUGAUUCUGGUCUUGUGGUAUGUGGUUAGGAUUGACAGAAAAGUGUUCGACCCAGAGAUGGCUGGGAGUGAGACCUGCACCACUAUUUCAACUACUGGGGAUGUGGAGAAGGCACCACUUUUGGAACAGGGAAUUCAGGUAGUCCAGAAUGAGGAGUCUGACUCUGGCGCCCAUUUGAACAAGAUGGAGGAGAUCCGCACCUUGGCCCAAGCCCCUGCACAAGCCGCAGCUGUAGUAGUCCAACCAGACCAGGCUGACCCACCCUCUUACACCACCUCAGACUUGAAAAAUAACAAAACACCUACAAUGGCGUCCGUUGCAUCGGUGGAGGCAGUACAAGACUCCGGGCUGCAGGACUAUUUGAGCGAGACGAUUCCAGAAACUGAUUUCCUCCAACAGAAUUUCAAGAAAGAAAAAGAAAACGAAAAAGACAUUGGAGUGGAGAAUACAAGGCUCAAAUCAGUCCAAAAUCAGUCACACCUGAAAUUCUGAUCUGGAAGGGAUGAGCAGGUGUGCACUGUCCUGAAUCUGAUGUUGAAGGUGUUGACAUUAGGAGCCACAUGAAAAUGUUUGCUUGCUACACCAAAGGUAGUGGUUUGAUUCCCCAACUGAGUGAAGAUCAUUUCUGGUAUCCCAAACUAGGAUAUGUCUGAAACUAAGUGGUGUAAAACCAUGCUGACUUAAGGUCGUAUCAAAGCCAAUAAAAACUGUGAUAAACUGUACCAUUCUGGAUGGAGAUUGUGACUGAUAUUGUCAUGUACAAAGUAGGGUGGAGAUCACGGCCUGGGCACUCCAAGACGACAGCAGUGGAACGCCCCUACCAAAUAUGUCCGUGACGGCAGACUGUCAAAGAAUAGCUUAUCAUGAUAUUGGUGGUCUGUUUGAUGUUACUUAACUCGACAAUGAUCUUGGUGCUUUGGAGAAAGCCAAUGAACAGACACAGAUGAUCUCAAUUUCAUCCAAAACUAAACCAUAUACAAGUAACAUAUCACCAUUGGUUACAGCUGGCCAAAUCUCAUUGUUUCAGAUGACUAUAAAAUGGCAACUGGAAAUGGCAGUAUGAACUAUAUUCCAUGUGUGCUAAUGAAAAAUGAACGAAGUUAUGAAUGUGUACUUGUGUCAAGAUCUGUUGUAAAUAUGUCUGUAAGUUUUCUGUACAUAUGGUGUAUUUAUCAAAACUGUAAACAUGUUUGUAUGUUAAUACAAUAAUAGAAAAAGAAAUGAAUGUUUCUCAUGUUUCA